CAACGCCACCUAGAGAAGGCCUGAGCGCUCCCUGUGCCCAGCAUGACGGGUAUCCAAGAAGAAUUGCUUCUCGGCUUUUGGCAACAUCAAUGUAUGUUGUGUGACCGGGUGCAAAGGAAAGUACCGUACGGGACCGAAAGUACAAGUUUUUACAUUUCCAAAGGAAGAAAAAUUAUUAGAAAAAUGGAAACUGGCUAUCCCAAGGGAAAAUUUAACAAUCAGCAAAACAACAAAUGGACACAGCAACUGCAGCAGGCCCCACAACGAGCUUCCACAACAACAAAGGAGGCUGCCCCGGAUGGCCUGUUGCUGCUGCUCUCUCUCUCUCUUGGCCACCAGCUGCUGGUUGAGCUCAGCCAGCAUCUGGGGUGUGUAUGCUACAACAACAAGAAGAAGAGUUGCCUCAUGCUAUAAAAUCUAAACACAAACUACGAAAAUAUACAACGAAAUCUGAUCACAAACACAAACUACGA